AUGACAGCCCAGCAGGAUCCCACUGCUCUCUUCGGCCUCGGAGACCGCGACGGCGUUUACUACGAUGGCCUCACCUCCGCCGACGAGACGCCCGUCUCCAUCGCCCAGGAACAGCACCUUUUCACCAACCAUCACUCGUGGACCUUCCCCGACACCUUUAGUACCCCUGACCUCUACCAGAACCAGUGGGAUCUCGCCCAAUCCCAAAACCAGCAACAGCGGCAACAGCAUCAACAACAACAACAACCACAACAACGGCCGCAGCAGCAGCAAACAUACGACGCGCGAGGGUCUAUGCAGCCGCCGCAGUUGCAGCAGCGGCAGGCAGGCAAUAGCACUCCGCCGUAUGCAAUCAGCGCCGUCGCCAACCACUCUGUUCCGACUACGGUUGCGCCUGCAUCCACCCAUCUGCCAUCGGCGACUGUCGCGCCUUCCAAUAUCAGCCUCGUGACCAGCGUAGCGGCUCAAGGCACCAGCAGCAACAACAACACCAACACCAUGCUUACCCAUGCUCAACGUCAGAAGCUGCAGAAUAUUGCCAUGCCAUCGCAUGCCCCCUACCACUCGCCGCCAAAGAGCGAGCCCAGUCCCGAUUCCGCUGGUGGUAUGGCCAAGUCGCUUUCGGCUUCGCUUUCCCCAGACGGCCACAGCGGCAAAGGUGCGAAUCGCAAGCGCAAGUGUUCUACCGACGACGAGGACGAAGACGAAGAAGACGAGUUUGGCAACCACCAGCCGGUCAAGAAGACGGCGCACAACAUGAUUGAGAAACGGUACCGGACAAACCUGAACGACAAGAUUGCAGCUCUGCGAGACAGCGUCCCCAGUCUGCGAAUCAUGUCGAAGAGUGCCAGAGGCGAGGACACCACGGAAGACCGGGAGGAAUUGCAAGCCUUGACACCAGCGCACAAGCUCAACAAGGCAACUGUAAGUGAAGUCAAGGUCAGAGGCGCUGCACUCUUCUCACUGACGAUGCCUGGCAAUAGGUUUUGA